AUAGCCUUAUGUUUUUUUCCGGUGUGCUAGAUCUGCUAAAAUGCAAAUCAUUGCCUCAACACAGCAGAAAGGCCGAAAGAGAUCAUGUGACUUCAGAUGUGAGGCAGAUAACUUCAGCCCAUCCCUUUCUCUGCCUGAGAUUCAGGAGGCAUGGUGACAAAAGAGCUCUUGAACACGGAAACAGCACAGCUGCAGGGCUGCAGCCAUGAGCUUUCACAUCAGGUUGGACGAUGAAAACAGCAUUUUCCCCUGACUGUUUCUGAAGAGCAGCAUUCAAGAAAUUUCCUCUUGGGAAGCUGUAUAAAUAGGUGGAGAGCAAGUGCAUUGCAGCUCCUGAGCUCCAGAGCCCCAGAGAGAAUUGGAGCACCUGUUCUGCAGAGCUGCACCCCUCAGGGGUUGCUUUCUCUUAAAAAAAGAGAAUCUUCUAAAGGUACUCUUAUACAAAAAAUCUCGGUAUUGCUGAAGCAAAAAGAAAAGAAGGAAUACUAGGAAGAUCCCAGGAGCCCAAAGGAGUACACUCAUCACUGAAAGAACAACACUGGAAAUGUGUAUAACACUAACAACUGACAGAAACAUGCUUUGUAUCAGCAGCAAUUAAAACGGAUGGGCAGCAUCAUUGGAACCAUGGGGUGCAGCAGUUCUGUGGCUGACAGAAAGUCAGAGAAUGUCAUUAGAGCUGCAAUCCUCAUCCAGAAGUGGUACCGCUUUACGAUGGCCCGGCUGGAGAUGAGGCGCCGCUAUUCUCUCAGUAUCUUUCAGUCAAUUGAAUAUGCUGAUGAACAGGAUCAACUACAGCUAUCCAACUUUUUUACAUUCAUGCUGGAUCAUUGUACUCAUCCUGAUUCAGUUUCUCAAAUUUUCACCAGUCCUAGUGCUCCUCAGGUGGUGGACGAAGAUUUAUGUUUAAAAGAAUUUGAAAAGAAGAUUGAUGUUCCAGACUCCUAUUAUGGACCACGACUCUCAUUCCCCCUUACUGUGGAAGAUGCCAAUGCUCUCCUUCAUGCUUUCAGGAACGAACAGCUGCUUCAUGCCCGCUAUGUACUGCAGCUGCUAAGUGAAACUAGGAGGGUUCUCAAGGAGAUGCCAAAUAUCACCCAUCUUUCAACUUCCUAUUCCAAGGAGAUAACUGUCUGUGGAGAUUUGCAUGGAAACCUGGAUGAUCUUUUGCUGAUAUUCUAUAAGAAUGGUCUGCCUUCAGAACAAAACCGCUAUGUCUUUAAUGGUGAUUUUGUCGACAGAGGGAAAAAUUCUAUGGAAAUACUUAUAAUCCUGUUUGCAUUUCUUCUCAUCUAUCCCAAUGAUUUACACUUGAAUAGAGGAAACCAUGAAGACUACAUCAUGAACCUGAGAUAUGGCUUCACAAAAGAAGUUUCAAAGAAGUACAAGGACCAUUGGAAACAGAUUUUGUGUCUUCUGCGAGAUGUUUUUAGCUGGCUUCCCCUUGCCACUAUAAUUGAUAGCAAAGUUCUUAUCCUACAUGGGGGCAUUUCAGACACCACAGAUUUGGAUUUCCUGAAUGCACUUGAGAGAAAUAAGUUGAAAUCUUUGAUGCGGCCACCAAAGUCAGUGAAAGAAAGACAGGACCAAACGGAGAAGAGAAUUCCCACGACCAAACCCAGUAAACAUAUUGCCAACCAGCAUGUUGCAGGGAAGACCCAACACAACUCUUCGUCCGGCUUCCCUGAGCCUUCAGGCUCUAAUUUGCCUCCAGACCCCGCCCUGAAGGAAUGGAAACAGAUCCUUGACAUUCUGUGGAGUGAUCCAAGAAGCCAAAAUGGCUGUACACCAAACAAGAGUCGAGGAGGAGGCUGUUACUUUGGUCCUGAUGUCACUGCCAAGCUGUUUGAGAGGUAUAAUCUGAAGAUGCUCAUCAGGUCUCAUGAAUUUAAGCCAGAAGGUUAUGAGAUCAGUCAUGAUGGGAAGGUUAUCACCAUAUUCUCUGCCUCUAACUAUUACGAAGAGGGCAGUAACCGGGGUGCUUACAUCAAGCUGAAUCCCGAGCUGAUCCCCCGGUUCGUGCAGUACCAGGUCAGCAAGUUCACGCGCAGGAAGAAUCUCCGGGAGAGGGUAGGUACAAUUGAAUCAUCUGCCUUGAAGUCCUUGCGAGAGAAGAUUUAUGCUCACAAGUCUGAACUCACCAGUGCUUUUGCACAAUACGACGUCAAUGGCACAGGCAGGAUUUCUGUCAACGACUGGGCUGCAGCCAUGGAGUCUGUCCUACAGCUGGAACUGCCCUGGAGGAUGCUGCGGUCUCAGUUAGCACAGAUGAACCCAGAUGGAGAAGUUGAUUUCAUGUCUUGUUUUUAUGAUUUGAAAAUGGGUCAACCUACAAAAGAGGCUCAGCCAGCUUUGGCAGAAACACUGUGCAGAUACAGAAAGGACCUGGAGAUUAUCUUUAACAUCAUUGACAAAGACCACUCAGGUUUGAUUUCUCUUGAGGAAUUCAGCCAGACAUGGAGACUCUUCACUUCUCACCUGGGCAUUGAUGUACAGGAUGACUCCAUUGACAAGUUAGUCCUCAGCAUAGACUACAACAAAGAUGGCCACAUUGACUUCAGUGAAUUUUUAGAGGCCUUUCACGUUGUUCACAGACUCGAGAAAAAGGCAACCUCCUGAAAAGGCAGAACUUCUUGUGGGUUGUCUUGGAAGCUCAGCUUGCUGUCAUUAGUCAUAAAAGGACUGCUCGAUAAGGUCACUGUGCAAGCCUUUAUUUAGCCCUUCCUGGAUCAUCUAUACCUGCUAAUAAUGGACAGAGGAGAUGAAAACUCACACUUACAGUAUUACUGUGUCACUGCCACACACUGCCAGGACCUUCCAAUUUACCCCCUCCUCUUGGUGGCAUCUUCCCCAUCAAUCUAAUCCCUGAAGAUUGCCAAGGUCAUGCUUACAGCUGUGUAGGAAGAGAGAAUUUGGUAUGUGUCUGUCAGAAGUCUUUAAAGACAGCUGAGAGCAUGGAUCACCACAAGGAACAUAUCAGACCCACCCUGGUGAUGGAACAGGCACAAGAGAGGCUGGCUGUGGAGUGUCCAUUGCAGGAGUGAAAAACAGGAAGAAGCAUCUGGUUAAAACGGGUAGUUCUGUGUUUAAUCUUGCUCUUUGCAUGAUGCAGAGGAAUUAAAUCAUUCCAGGUCAAUCUCACCCUUCCAAGAGUUUACACAACUUAGGCACAACUUAAAAGGAUUGUGGUUGAAAGGUGUUUACACUUGCACUAAAUUUCCUCUUGCCUCGGUUACUUUUCCCCACAUUUGUUGGAAUUUGGAGCCAUGAAAUAAUCGUAACUGUUUCUGACAUGGAGCCAGGCUCUCCACAAUGGUGCUGAGCAAUAGGACAAGAGGCAGUGGGCAGAAGAUGAUGCACAGGAAGUUCCAUCUGAACAUGAGGAAGAACUUCUUCACUGUGCAGCGACUGAGCACUGGAACAGAAUGCCCAGAGAGUCUCCCUGACUAGAGGUAUUCAAGAACCAUCUGGAUGUAGUCCUGUGCUUUGUGUUAUGGGAUGACCCUGCCUGAGCCGGGAGGUUGGACCAGAUGAUUCAUUGUGGUCUCUUCCAGCAUGACCCAUUCUGGGAUUUGGUGAUUCCGUGAUAACUCGUCACCUUAAUGAAAGCUAAAUCCACAGCAUGUUAAUGCAACAUGAUAGAUCACAGAAUAAAGCUUUAGCUUUCUGAGCAGUGCCUGAGUGGGUUGUCUCUAUGCAUGUGUUUUGUUACCCUGUUCCCAUCACCACAGAACACUGUUCCUGAAGAUGACCUGGGGUUCUUGUAAACAUAUUUUGAUGUUACUAAGUCUAAAUAUUCUUGCAUAUAGUUAAACAAAUUCUUUACCAAGAAAAGGAAACCGAGAAAUUCUGAAAUUGAGUUUUUGGAAGGCAGCAAGAUGGAAGACUCUUGCACUCACAUUCCUGAAUACUUUCCCUAACUGCAAGUCAAUAUUCCCAUUCCUGCCAGUACCACCCUGUCAAAUCCCAAAGGGGAGAAGUCAGAAGAUCUGGACCUAAUUCUCUUGCAUCUUACACUCUGAAAGCAACAUCAGGUCAGGAGCUUUUUGGUAACUAUUACCUCAUUCAGCCUCAGUAAAUGCAAUGCACAUAAAGUGCUUUUUGGGUAGGAAAAUGUUCCAACCUAGUCCCUCUUUAAAUUUUAACAGCUAAAGAUGAGCUAAAAGCACCUCGAUUUUAUUUAAUAGAAGUGUUGAAAGUACAAAAAAAGCUUCCAAGUUUAUCAUCCCAGAAUGUAAUAGCAGCCUAAGCUUAAGGCGUUGCUGUCUCUCUAAAAUCUUAUUUUCUACUAUUAAAUACACUUUUCUUUUUUUUUUUAAGAACACUUUUCCAGAAGUAUUUUGUGACUUGACAGAUGAAUAAACAAACAUGCACAUACUUAUUUAUACUGCCUUGGGGGAGAAGAAAGAAAAAUCUUUAAUAGAACAAACAAAAUUUACAGUGAAACUUUAAUGGCAUUGGUAAUACAUAAUGUAUUUAGAGCAUGCUGUUAUUCUGAUUGUACACUGUGAUGAUCAGUCCCACCUUAUUCCAGUGGGGUGACAAAAAGGCUCCACUUACAAUGGCCAAACAUUGGUGUGGUGGGAUUUUGCUCCCCCCUGAUGGCUUCCAUGCGGUGGGUGUGAAGUGACAAGGUGGAACUGGACACUGCAGCACUGGAGUCCCCUUUGUCACCUGCCCCAGUAAAGAGGACAAAGCCAGGCUGUACAAUGAGACACAAGAGCUCUGAAGGAUGGCUGGCAGCCUCCAGUGUGGAUGUCCCCCACUAAGGACACAUUCCUGAACCUGGCAUGAAGGGGACUGGCCUCUGUGGAUCACUUCCUGAGAGGGGAUGCCAAGGUACAGUCGGAGCAUGGCUUCACUUAGCAGGAAGUGAGAGCCUUUUGGGGAUGCCAUACUGAGGUGUGAGAGGAGCUGAAUCAUUGAGCCAAAACAGACAGUGCUGUCCUGCCAGUUGCUGGUGGCACAAAGAGCCCCUUGACAGAAGGGGGGUGGCAGGGGGACUUACUGUGAAACAUCUAAAGCUGGGAAUAAAUGCCACUUGAGACUGAAACGGGGAGUGGGAAAACACCUUGCUGGUUGCAGUUAAAUCCAAGCUGUUUGAGCUGCUCUUUUUAAUAACCCCCACCCUCAACCCCUUUUUUAGUCAUGAUUCUAUGCAGCAGCUACUUAAUAUUCCAGAUGUAAGUGGUCCUUUAAGCAGCACCUGAAUCAGCCUGCACAUGAAUGCCAAGCUCUCACCCUACAGCUGCAGAUGCCACCACUGGCAGCAUCACUCUCCUGCUUUCUGCUCCUACCUCCUGACCACUCCACAAAGUGCCCAAGGUUGGUUGACUCAAGCUCCCACUUCACUCAAGGCCCUGGCUACUGGCACAUUCCUGCAGUGUCCCAUGCCCACAUGGGGCAGGCCAGGUGUUUCACUGCCCCACAGGACGUGGCUUCUCCUUUGCAGGGCAGCUAAGGACUGUGUGGCUCACCUGAACCUUCCAGGAACAAGCAGGACUCUUUCCCUUAGAAAGGAGACUACAAUUAGCAGGAGAGACGCCAGACAAACUUUGUACUCCACCCAUUCAGUUUUCACAGUUACCUGUGGAACCAGCAGCUCAGGGAGAUCAAUGAUACUUUUGAUGUGUCUGCAAGUAAUGUAAAUUUGCCUUCCACUGACCUUGUGUUUGAGUACCAUCCUGCACCACCAGAUACCUAAACUCUUCAAAUUGCCUCAUAAAUACCUUCUAACUGCCUGCAUUCCACAUGGUAAUUUAUUGUGAUCAUCAUGAAUAUACCAAAACCUAGGUCAUACCAUGAAUUUGAUAUUAAAGACAUCAAUGACACUCCCAUUUAAAAACAAAGAAGUGUUAAGAGGUGCCCAGGUAUGUUGGGCCUUACAUUUCAUUGCUUUAGACUUCAAUGCAGCUGCAUGGAAAACCAACAUCAGCCUUCUUGUUUUUGAAAACAAAUUCACACAGUAGCUAAAAAAAUACAUAUAUAUUACAAGUCUGAGAAAAAAAGUCAUCUUGCAUCUCUCUCAAUCUAGAAUUCAAGAAGAAAAGCAAAAAUAACUGCAACUACUUUUUUAUGAUACCAUGUAGAAUAAAAAAAACAUCACCUUGCUCUUUUUGUGCUUACACUCUACACUGUCACAUCUGCUUAAACUAGAAAAAAGAUUUCACUUCCUUUUACUGGGAAACAAACCAAGUGAGCUCUCACAAUACAUAUGAAAAGUUAAAAAACCCAAACCAAACAAUAACAAAGGCAAACCCUUACAAAACAGGCACCACACCAAUAAAAUAACUUCCACACCCAAGUGCUAAUUGUACCUGAACUGUCGCUUUAUACUGGCCCCUGCACAGGCCCACGGUUCCCAUGGUAGUUAACACAGGACUCUGGACUACCAAACUCCUCUGGUCUCUGAAAAAAAACAUUAAAUCACCUCACACUAAGGCCUCCUAUACCUACACUCUCUAGAGCCAGCUCCCAGAUACUGCUGCAGCAGCAGAGGGACAGCAGGCAGAGAGUCAUGGCUUUUCGGACCAUGAGGGCUGGCAAAUGAGACAGGACAUUACUUCCACCGAGAACACAAACCUCACUCUCAAAAGCAGCACACACUAUUGUUUAAAAAAACAAAUUAAAUCCUAUAAAUGGCACAGUUAUGUUUUGAAAGAGUGGAGGUGAGGCUUACAGAAACAGCUUAUCAGGCUUAUAUAGCUCAGAAAGCUCUUAUUUUUACAGGCCUGUCUGCUCUUUUCCCCUCUACCUGGUAAGACAGAAUUGUUCUGAUCUUUUCUGCUCACAUGGCAGCAGUGCUACUGAGGGAACCUGUCUGUGGCCAUGUGAUGCUGAAGCUACUGCCACUUCCCUAAGCUGUUAGCCAGGUACUGACAUGCGGCUGGUGGCAAAGCCAGCAGCACAGGCACAAGAAAAACCACAGCCAGUGCCUGGGGUAAGGCAGGGUUUUCCUCUCCAGAGGCUGCCUACCUCUGGUUUUAGUUUAAAUGGCCACAGAGUCAUUUCCAUGCAGGAUGCACCUACACCCUGCAGCACCUCAGAGCUUCUAACUGACAGCAUGAACCUGGGACCUGUCUGCAGGGAGACUUCCAGGCAGCCCAGCUCCUAAUUACAUGAGACCACUGUGACUUUAAAGUAGAAAGAAGAAAAAGAAAAAUGGAAAAGAAAAAAAGAAAGAAAAGAAAAAAACCUAAACAAAAAACAAAGAUAAACAGCAAAGCCUUCUAUAAACUCAUACUACACUGGAAAAGCCACAAUUAUGCCAUUCUUAACUCUGAGGUUGUUUGCAAGGGAAAUGAUCAGGAGACUUGGAAAGGCUGCUCACAUGGAAGAGGUUUAUCUCGCUCCAUUCAGAGAAAAGGAUUACAGGCAUAAACUGUCUGUCACACUGGAGAAGCUGGAGUCUUGAGAUUUUGCCUCCUAAGUCUUGGGGAUGCAGGGAAGAAAGCUAUUCAGAUUAAAGACAGAUGUGGCUUCCUGACAGAGGCUAUCCUCUCAAAUUAGUGGAUACUGUAAGAUGUUUGUCCCCACUGGUAUUAGCCCUACACUGACUAGGUGCAAA